UUCACUGUUCACUCUGCCACGACCAACCUCUGUUGUAAAUUUUCCUCCCAGAACACGUGACGAUGUAUUUCUUGACUAUAUAUCCCAAGAGCAGCAGCAGAAUUGUCAGAGCGCGGAGCCCCACACGCAGGAAGAAAAAGGCUCUCGGACUUGACCAUUUAGGACUUCAGGACUUGGGACAAAUUCGCCAGCUUUUGGUAACUUUCUCCCCAGCUCCUGGCGGUGUGAGCUGAGCUUCAAUGCUGAAGAUGGAGCCUCUGAACAGCACCGACGCUGGCACCGCAGCCCCCAGCGCCCCCCUCGAGUCCCCCGUGUCUGGCAGCGGCCACGGCAACGAAUACUUCUACGUUCUGGUGGUCAUGUCCUUCUACGGCAUUUUCUUGAUUGGGAUCACGCUGGGCUACAUGAAAUCCAAGAGGCGGGAGAAGAAAGCCAGCCUCCUGCUGCUGUACAGGGACGAGGAGCGGCUCUGGGGGGAGGCCAUGAAGCCGCUGGCCACGCUGUCCGGCCUGAGGUCGGUGCAAGCGCCCACGAUGCUGAAUGUGUUUCAGGAGAGCGUGGCUCCUGCCCUAUCCUGCACCCUCUGCUCCAUGGAGGGUGACAGCGUGAGCUCUGAGUCCUCCUCGCCCGAUGUGCACCUCACUAUCCAGGAGGAGGGGGCAGACGAUGAGCUGGGGGAGACUUCUGAGACCCCCCUCAAUGAAAGCAGCGAAGGGUCCUCGGAGAACAUCCAUCAGAAUUCCUAGCACCCCUAGGACCCUCUGGAGGUGACCCUAUGAACCAGCACCCUUAGAGCGAGGAAGGACACUUUCCGUGUCGGGUUUCACUUUUGCAGGGCAACUGCCACUUCCAAGGGACCCGCGGCAAGCCCCUGAAUGGGGGGUGGGGUGGGGUGGUGGUGGUGGUGGGGGUCAAGGCUCAGACAGGGCCAGCUGCAGCCUGGAGUCCGCCGCACGCCUGUGGUGUAGACCUGCAGCUGAAACAGCCCUGAAGACACGCGGUGUGUACCUUUCAUUGGGUCCUGGCGGGCGGGGUUCCAGGUGGAACUCGGCAGGUGGGAUGUCCUUGCGAUUGUACUCUCAGAGGAUGCCCCAGGUAACUCCUGCAGCAUCUGCCUACUCCCAGGGCUGCCGAAGGCUUAGGGCGUCCCAAGGGACUAGUUUCGGUUCGCUAAUUUGCCCAGAGCUUUGUUCUUCUAGAUCUGAUUCGCUGUAAGAGCCUUUAAUGUGAACCUGUGACAUUAGUUCACCGCAGGUUACAGAGCUUCUUUUAGGGGGUCUUUCUGGAUAGAGCAGGGGGAUAUUUGUUGGAGGGGAAGCUGGAGAUCUCUACCUGGUCUAUUUGCCUACUGUAAGGAGAAAACCAGGCGACUUUUAAACCGGUCAACAUGAGCUGAGAUGAUAAGAAUAAUCUGCUACUUGACCCUUUGUCUAACCUGUGACCUUGAACUCUGACUUGGGACCAUCCAGCAUCAUGUGCUGGUGUGACAUUUUUUUUUUUUGGAAGGGUUUCCCCAGAAUCUAACCUGCACUCCGAAUGGCUGUGCAGGGAAUAUUCCUGAUCUUUCCAGAAGGGGUGAUGGUGGGGUUGAACCAAGCCACUGUUAGCUCUGCUGCUGCUUUUUAUUCCCAGCCCAGUUUUCUGAGCUGGGAAAAGAUAUACUGUGGGCCUCCACGACAUGGCAUUCGGUCACGUAGCUGAGACUUAGAAGGGCAUACUCUGGCGAGAUUGUGCAGCGUUGGGGGUCCUCUGUUUGUGAAUCCCAAGCCCAGACUCUGAUAUGCUGUAUGGUCCUGCGCAUGUCAUCCACAGACUUACUGCCUUCCUGAGACUCCUGAUCAUCUAGAUCCCCAGGGGGCUGGGAGGAUGUCUUUAGAUUUUAAGACUCUGUGAUGAAUCCUACAUGGCCUGGUGUGAGGAAGCUGGGACAGAAUAUUUCCUCGCUGGUCAGUAGUCUGCGAAAGGAUCUGCUUACUUAAAGGAGCAGUUGGAGAUAGAGAACACGUGUAACUGGGAGAUCCAGGGCGGCUCACCCACCAUCCCCUGCUGUCACUUUCCCAGCAGUGAAUCCAAGAGGCAGAUCCCAUAUUUUACUCCGCCGAGUUGUCUGGGUGGUGGACUGUUAACACUCCGGUUCAGGGAAUGAGACAGCUAAGAGAAAAGACUCAGGAAUGCGUGCUAAUGUCUCCCUGUAUUCCUGUGGUUAGUCACUUUGCAGCAGACUCUUUGAGCUCUCGAAGACAAGGAGCAAGAGAAACACACCAAAAGGUCAAAUUUAAUUCUAGUAAAAACAUAAAACUUUUUUUUCAAACAAACACAAUCUCCCUGGACUGGAGACAGCAGUAACUACUGUUCCCAUGGAAGGGUUAACAGUGUAGGGACUGGUUUAUCAGUUCGCCUUAACAUAGUGCUAGAGGAAAUUUAUGUUUAGGGAGGAAAAAGGGCCCUCCGUUCACUUUAAAAUUCAGAGUGUGGAUUGACUCCAAAGGGGGCUGUCUAAGGUGAAAGAAGCCAAGUUGAGUUUGGCCCCUUGCCUGGAAUCACUUGAAUUCUGAAACUUUACUGCGACGGACAUGUGCGUUGUCACAUUUUCCAUUGCUUAAUCCUGAAGUUUGGUGCAAGUCUAUCUGCGCCUAUUAAAAAGUGAUGUAUAUACUUCCUUCUUAUUCUAUUAAGUUGUAUAAAAUUGUCUUCUGUAUUUAACAGUUUGUAAUUUUCACGAUAUUUUUUUUAAUUUAAAUAAAAAAAAACACAUUUUCCCUAUGGAA